CGCUCGAUACUAGCAUUGAGUGGCUACACAGUCACUCAGAGCAACGGUGGUGUCUACCGGAGGAAGUCUGGCAUCUGUGCAAGGACAGUUGCUCGAAGAUGAGAUUAGUGCACAACGGCCGUGGCGUAUUCAUUUUAUACCUUCUGCGCUCUGCAUCAACAUCACAGCAGUAUUCUCCUUGCAGUUAGUACUGCUGCCAGAUGCAAGUCACGGACAUCAUGUUUGUACACACCCUGUGAGCAUGUCUCUUGAUGAUACAUCAAGCAUUACAGUACACAUGCAGAGCAGAUAGCAAAGAAAAGAGUGGGCAAAAUAAUUGAGACGAUCAACCCAUCACUUUCAAAGCAAUUGACACCUGCUUCAUCGUUAAUCAUCAUUGCAACACUUGAACGAGGAUUUUAUAAUUACACCAGCGGCUGAUAGUUGUGGAGUGGGAAGCCCAUGUCACACAAUGUACAUUUGCUUCCCUUAGACUGCGCAUUAUGUUUUGAAUGUGCUGGAACGUUGCAGCCGGGUAGUAUGCCAAUGGUUGCUUGUGAGUGCGCGAAUCAUAUUGAACUUUGAUGGAUGCCUGAGAUAACAGUAACAAUAAUUGACACUUGGUUAUCGUAGACGGCAGACCGCUUGACAAAGACAGCAGUUUAUAUGUAGUUGCACCCCCUAUUAAGGUGUUUGUCUGAUCCAUAAUCUUCUGAAAGUUUUUGUUUUUGCGUUUUUCGGACUCGGCCAGUCAGGGAAAUCAACCACAAUGGAUUGGAAGAGACUUUUAAUCCUCAUAGCAGCCUUCAUUUUAUACCUUGUCAUCGGUGGACUGGUUUUCUCCGCCCUGGAAUCCACCGAGCAAGAACUUACUCGCGUUGAUGUCCGGAGUUAUAAGGAGAAGAUUUUGAACGAGUUGCCCUGCCUCAGCGGGGAUCAGUUGGAGGCCUUGAUCACUAAAAUUAUUGUCGCUGUGGACAGCGGUCUGGAUCCGGCCAAUAAUGUGACCAGUAAGAAUAGCUGGGAUUUCAGUAGUGCGUUCUUCUUCUCUGGCACUGUGGUGACGACAAUCGGCUACGGCAAACAAGCUCCCACCACAACAGACGGGAGGAACUUCUGUAUUGUGUACGCCCUCUUUGGCAUACCUUUUCUCGGUUGGCUGUUAGCCAUCAUUGGCGAUUUCUACCGAGAGACAUUUUGUAAAAUGACCAACAAGAUUGACUGUCUCCUGUGCGACUACUGCGCAUUAAAGAAGAGGAAACUCAGGCGUUGCAUUAUGUGGUUUGUCGUGGCGUCCAUCAGCUACGGCAUUCUCGUGCUUGUCCCUGCGGCCGUGUUCAAUCAAUUGGAAGACUGGACGUUCAGAAUUGCGCAUUAUUAUUGCUUUAUCACUUUGACUACUAUAGGAUUUGGGGAUUACGUUGCAUCACGGGGAUCGACAAGUGAUAGUGAAGUGCUAGAUGCUGUGUAUGACAUUGCCAUAGUGUUUUGGUACAUCUUUGGCCUGUCAUUUUUUGCUGUUGUACUCAGCAGUAUAGGAACAGGCCAGAAGAAAGCAGCCAAUAAGAUUAAACAAAUGAAAAAACAUCACCAUGAAAAAACCAUUGAACACAUCAGUGAAUCCUGUCCAUACACAGUUGAUAAAGAAACAGUACAGGUGACUUUAGAGGAUGGGAUCAUAGGACCAGUAACGUACCACGUACAUGAUACAUCUUUGGAUGCGAACAAUUCUGAGUUGGGAAAGGAUCCGCUAGAAUCACCUUCGUUUUCGUUGGACGUCCAGCCAGAGAUUGCUCUCUCUCAUCAGGAGUAUUCAUUCAACAACAGCAACGGUAAUGCUUUUAAUAGCCAAUCAAACCUCGUCACUGCUGAUGAGCUUCAAGUAAGCGAGCCGUGUGGCUUGUCCGAUGGCCCGGAAGAAAAGAAAGUUCCCCUGAGGAAGAAAGUGUCCUUUGAUAGCAAUUGUAAUCCGAAUGACGGAGGACCGAAGAGAAUCCGGCGGAAAGCCACCGGGAAGCGCAAGUCAUCGAAGAAGUCGUCAAAUUCUAAACUGAAAGUUAAUCUGGAGGAUGAGGAGGAUGCACUGCAGACUGGACAAAAUACUGUUGCCAUGGCAACAGAUAAAACCAACUGUCAGUGCUUUUGUCAUGUGGAAAAUGCAGUGGUUGAGUAAAUAUCUCAGCAUCGGAAAUGGAUGGAUUAAGUUGUUAGUUAUUAAACCCUAUAAGUGGCCUGUUGUGUAUUCAAAAUUUCUAACUGUUCAAAAAGAGAAAGGGGGUUAUGCUUAGGGGUUGAAAGAUUGCUGAAUUUUUCUUGGGGGCGGGGGGAGUCAAAGCUGAAUUUAGGGAGGCACUUUGGAGGCACUUUCUGAUUCUGUGUCACCACUGCUGUACUUACUAUAAUAAGAAAGGAAUUUAUAGGAAUGUUACAACAGAUUUUGUAAUUACAAUAUAUUCAUUCAAACCUUCUUACUUUCAAAAAGCCUAACAUGUACCAUACUUAACCUCAGCUGUUCCUUUUAACAAUUGAUGCUUAGUUGUAGUUUGAAAGAGUAUAAUAAUAAGAUCUCUUUCAAGUAUAGUUUUAUCACAAAAGAUAUAGGCCUAGAUGUUUCAUCAGAAAACAUCUGAGAACAAUUUCAGAAAGAGAUAAUCACAUAGUGUUAUCGCAAACCUCUAUUGGUCAGAACAAUAUUAUUGUCAACAUUACAGUAUCAAGGUUGAUACAAGAUUGCUCCCAGAUUAAAAUUCACCAAUGACAUGUAACCCACUUCCCUUACAUACACCUAUAAGCCGCUUCUGAAUCAAUCGUCUUUGCCUACGGCUAUUGGCCAAUGGCCGCUUUGACAUUAUUGGAGAAUUAUAUAAGACUCUGGCCAGGGGCCAUUAGUUCAAAUAUGACCUUUGACUUCAGAAGUGCAAACAGCGCCCUCACUUGAGGUCAAAGGAAGACGUAUCAUUGGCUGGGAAUUGUGAGUGGCGCAUACAACACUUAUUUUCAGUUAUGUGGUAUACUGAUUCAAUUGUAAUAAAGUAACAACAUGCAAAUGUAACCACCACCAUUACAACACAAUUGCACAGACUUCUGUAUACCUUAAAAAAGAAAAUUUAAACAUACAUCUCACUUUAUCAUAGAGACCAUAACAAAAUUAUGGCAAAACUGUUUUGAAGUCUUUCACGGUGACACACAGUGCACUUUAACACUAUCCUGCCCAUCCAGUUGCAGUAAAGUGAGUUCAAAACAUCAUAGAGAAAGGGUACUAUGAUAAAAUGUAAAACACUUCAGCAAGGCAGCAAGCAUAAAUUAGUGAUGUCAUCGAAUGAUCUAAGAGGGGUCUAUUCAGCUUAUUGUUAAUGUCUUUCAGGUAUUCUAUGUCUAUAGGGUGUGUAAAUUUAUUAUACAUUUUUUUAUGAGUUUAUUACCUCAACAUAAUAAAAUGUACCUCAACAGUUUGGUAUUAAAAUUGUAAAAAAAAAUUCACUCUCCAUUUUAUGACUGGACUGCGUUAGUUGCAGGCUUUGGAACAUUGUUACCAUGGCAAUUGGUCUUUCUCUGUGUACGACUAUUUAUAUUUCUGCACAGCACUUAACACUUGACAUUUGUAAAACAGACCAGCUCCGUCUCAAUUUCUUUACCUCCUUGUCCCCUGGUCAUUGCCUUGGUGCCCUUAAAAUGCUCCAAUACAAAUUUGCAAUUUCAUCAUAGGGUGCCCUUAACCAAGAAGAAAAUGCCUUGGUGCCCUUGCCCUUUCAAAAACGAAGCAUACAGCCCUGUGGUGGACCCCUUAUCGUGAUUUGUAUUAUGACAUCACAGUUUGCUAUUAAGAUUAAUACAAAGUUAAGAUUGGUCCCAGGUGCUAUUAUAACCAGAUUUGUUGUUUAUUUCAGUUUUGUUGUUCAAUUCAACUCACUUUAUUUCCAUUCCAUACACAAGAUAAGGCAAUGGAACAUAAAUAAAGAAACAAAUUUGUUCAUGACUAUAAAAGGCAGAGAAAAAGUAAAUGAAUUUGUACAAUACAAAGAGCCAAUCGAGUACAGACUCCUCUAAGAGAUUAAAGAGGAAAAAUUUCUUUGUUCAAGCUCAUCAUGUUUAUAAUAUAAUCAUGCAUAAUUUAAUUGAUGUAUUUUAUUGAUCCAUUACACCUCGCACUGGCAAAACAAAAAUAAGAUGAUAAUAAGUUACAUUACACACAAUCUCAACAUUGAAUGACAAAAUGGAUGUAUGAAAAAUUGUUUAGUGGCCCACAAACACUUCGAAAAUUUGUUGUUUGACACAGCAACCAACUGGAACAUCGAAAGUACUUAAGAAUGAGACGGGUAUAGAAGAAAUUGGCGUGUGUAACCACAGGGAUGGGUAGAAAUACAACAGGCACAAUUCAAAGGUGGCGCAGGAGAAAAAGUAAUCAUAGGUAUCAAAGAAGACCAUUUGUAUACAGAAAUAUUGUCAUGGCAGGCAAGUGGUUUAUAAUAAACAUGUGUGUGAUCUUUCCCUAUACCUUAAGAUGUAAGGAGUAUUUUUUGUAUCUUAUCUGGGUUUUAUUUCCUUUUUUAAAGAAAUAAAUGUACACAUAUUUACCAAUAAACAGUUUAAACUUUUAACUGUGUUUUGGUAAAUAUGUCCAUGUAGUAUUUGUCUUUUAAAUUAAAGUAUCUGCUGGUAAAGUCUAAAAGAAACAACAUUCAAUACUCUUUUCUGGCAUGUAAACAUUGAUAUAAUAAAGUCGUUUUUUUCACUAGUGAUGAUGAAGAAAGCAAAAAUUGUAUUCACUGUAAAAUUUGAAUUUACUGUGAGUUUACUUUGGUUAUUAACCACAAUCUUUAUUUGCUAUUUUGUCAGUGUGUUGUCACACAAGACUGUUAUGUAAUAUGUAUCAUAUAUGCAUCAUGCAUGCGUACCUACAGGAUGCAUGCGUACCUACAGGAUGCAUGCGUACCUACAGGAUGCAUGCGUACCUACAGGAUGCAUGCGUACCUACAGGAUGCAUGCGUACCUACAGGAUGCAUGCGUACCUACAGGAUGCAUGCGUACCUACAGGGUGCAUGCAUACCUACAGGAUGCAUGCGUACCUACAGGAUGCAUGCGUACCUACAGGAUGCAUGCGUACCUACAGGAUGCAUGCGUACCUACAUUGUACAGGAUGCAUGCGUACCUACAGGAUGCAUACGUACCUACAGGAUGCAUGCGUACCUACAGGAUGCAUGCGUACCUACAGGAUGCAUGCGUACCUACAGGAUGCAUGCGUACCUACAGGAUGCAUGCGUACCUACAGGAUGCAUGCGUACCUACAGGAUGCAUGCGUACCUACAGGAUGCAUGCGUACCUACAGGAUGCAUGCGUACCUACAGGAUGCAUGCGUACCUACAGGAUGCAUGCGUACCUACAGGAUGCAUGCAUACCUACAGGAUGCAUGCGUACCUACAGGAUGCAUGCGUACCUACAGGUAUAUUGUGAAGUAGGUCUGAGUUUCAAGUGUUGAAGCCCAGUUGUUGUUCAGUUCUUUCAUAAUUUUCAGUCAAAUCAGCCCUUGACUAUACCUAUGACACAUACAGCAUUUCAAGAGCGACACUCACAAUUCAGACUCGAAGAAAUGUUGAAAAACAGUAAAUAAAAUGUAUAAAGGAAUAUCAUAUAUAAUUAAUUAACUGAUUGGUGCACAUGUAUAUUUCAUCUUAAAUAAAUGUAUUAAUUAAAAUGCAAUAUAUUUUGUCCUUGGGUUCAAAUCCCACCAGAGUAAUAUGCCUGGUGAUUUUGUUCACUUAGCUCGGGAAAGUAAGGACACAGUGCUAUUAUACAUCGGUGUAAAUGGAUAAAACCAAAAAAAAAUAUUCAGAAUAGCGUCUUAAAAGAAGAGACACGCAUUCAUUUCCAUUGUCAAUCAGUUUGCAAUCAGCCACACUCUUUGAUUGCAAAAUGACCGAAGCACCAGUGUUAUUUGGUCCUAUGCUUGGAGUUCCUGUAGUAUCCAAAUCCCAAAAGGUUUGAAGCAUCACAAGCAGAAAGAUUUGCAAACCUUUCUUCUCCAUUUAUGUUGAUGAUCCUUGGGGAGUAUGUUAUAAUUCAACCGCAAUCAAAUUACAAAUCGAUGGAAAGCGUGGAUUAUAGUAGCUCGCAGGCAUGCACCUGCCCCUAUAGGAGAGAUACAAUGGGUGC